AUGUCCUGGAUCUCCUUGCUGAAACCGACCUACUUAAUAGUUCCUCUGUCCCUACUCCAAUGGUUCCCAAACAAUUUGAUACGGUCUUUGGAUGAUGUUGUCGCUGCCUCCUAUCGACGUCUCAUUGGAAAACUCAUAUACCUUACUACCACCCGUCUGGACAUUACCUUCGCCGUCAAUCACCUCAGUCAGUUCAUGUCUGCUCCUACAACUGCACAUCAACAAGCUACUACUCAUAUCCUACGAUACCUCAAAGGUACCCCUAGUGUUGGUAUUCAUCUUCCACGCAACUCUACUGCUCAACUUAAAGCCUUUUGUGACUUUGAUUGGGCCACCUGCCUUAAUACUCGUCGUUCGGUCACUGGAUUCACUGUCUACCUUGGAAAGUCUCUCAUUUCAUGGCGUUCCAAGAAACAACCGACUGUCUCUCGUAGCUCUUUUGAGGCUGAAUAUCGAUCACUAGCCAGCACUGUGUGCGAACUUCAGUGGCUCACAUAUAUGCUUCAUGAUUUAUACAUUGCUUACACAUCUCCUGCUCUCAUCUACUGUGACAAUCAAUCCGCAAUACAAAUUGCCUCUAAUAAAGUUUUCCAUGAACGCACAAAACAUAUUGACAUUGAUUGCCACAUUGUUAGUGAAAAGGUUGCAGCAGGACUUAUCAAAUUACUUUCCAUCUCAACAACCAUGCAAAUAGCUGACAUAUUAACAAAAUCAUUACCUCCUCCCUGUUUUUAA